GCCCAAGCGCCUCUCAGCGCGUCCUAGUGCGUCGCAGCAACUCCCAGCUCGUCAUAGAUCAUCGCAGUGCUUCCUAGCACGCCAUAGUGCGUCGUAGCAAUUCCCAGUGCGUCCUAGUUCGUCUUAGUGACUCCUAGUACAUUUUAGCGACUCCCAGCGCGUCAUAGAGUGCCCAAGUGCCUCUCAGCGCGUUUUAGUGACUCCCAGUGCAUUAUAGAGCGUCCAAGUGCUUCCUAGCGCGUCAUAGUGCGUCGUAUCAACUACCAGCGUGUCCUAGUGCGUCGCAGCGACUCCCAGCGUGUCAUAUUUCGUCAAAGUGCUUCCUAGCGCGUCAUAGUGCGUCGUAGCGACUCCCAGCGCGUCAUAGUGCGUCGUAGAGAUUCCCAGCGCGUCAUAUUUCGUCAAAGUGCUUCCUAGCGCGUCAUAGUGCGUCGUAUCAACUCCCAGCGUGUCCUAGUGCGUCGUAGCGAUUCCCAGCGCGUCAUAUUUCGUCAAAGUGCUUCCUAGCGCGUCAUAGUGCGUCGUAUCAACUCCCAGCGUGUCCUAGUGCUCCGCAGCGACUCCCAGCGUGUCAUAUUUCGUCAAAGUGCUUCCUAGCGCGUCAUAGUGCGUCGUAGCGACUCCCAGCGCGUCAUAGUGCGUCGUAGCGAUUCCCAGCGCGUCAUAGUGCGUCGCAGCGACUCCCAGCUCGUCAUAGAUCAUCGAAGUGCUUCCUAGCGCGUCAUAGUGCGUCGUAGCAAUUCCAAGUGCGUCCUAGUUCGUCUUAGUGACUUCUAGUACAUUUUAGCGACUCCCAGCGCAUCAUAGAGUGCCCAAGUGCCUCUCAGCGCGUCCUAGUGCGUCUUAGCGUCUCCCAGCGCGUCAUAGAGCGUCCUAGUGCGUCGUAGCAAUUCCCAAUGCGUCCUAGUUCGUCUUAGUGACUCGUAGUACAUUUUAGCGACUCCCAGCGCGUCAUAGAGUGCCCAACUGCCUCUCAGCGCGUCCUAGUGCGUCUUAGUGACUCCCAGUGCAUUAUAGAGCGUCCAAGUGCUUCCUAGCGCGUCAUAGUGCGUCGUUUCAACUCCCAGCGUGUCCUAAUGCGUCGCAGCGAACCCAGCGCGUCAUAAUUCGUCAAAGUGAUUUCUAGCGCGUCAUAGUGCGUCGUAGCGACUCCCAGCGCGUCAUAGUGCGUCUUAGCGAUUCCCAGCGCGUCAGAGUGCGUCGCAGCGACUCCCAGCUCGUCAUAGAUCAUCGAAGUGCUUCCUAGCGCAUCGUAGUGCGUCGUAGCAAUUCCAAGUGCGUCCUAGUUCGUGUUAGUGACUUCUAGUGUGUCUUAGCGACUCCCAGAGCGUCUUAGAGUGCCCAAGCGCCUCUCAGCGUGUCCUAGUGCGUCUUAGCGUCUCCCAGCGCGUCCUAGUGCGUCUAAGUGACUCCUAGUGCGUUUUAGCGACUCCCAGCGCGUCAUAUAGCGUCCUAGUGCGUCAUAGUGUGUCGUAACGACUCCCAGCAGGUCCUAGUGCGUCCAGGAGACUUCCAGCAAGUCAGAUUGCGUCGCAGCGACUUCCAGCGCGUCAUAGUGCGUCCAAGAGACUUCCAGCGCGUCAUAGUGCGUCGCAGUGACUCCCAGUGCGUCUAAGCGACUCCCAACGCGUCAUAGAGUGUCCAAGUGCCUCUCAGCGCGUCCUAGUGCGUCUUAGCGUCUCCCAGAGCAUUAUAGAACGUCCAAGCGCUAGAUGAUAGUUUUCUUUCUCUAAAUAUAAAUAAAAUAAAAUAUUUUAUGCAAAGGCACUUUCUAGGCUGAGACUUGUUACACGAGAAAACUAUAAAUAGUUUUGAAAUAAGGAAACUUAAGUAACAUGUAAAAAUAACACGAGUUUUCAAUAUUUCUGACGCUUAGCUAAUACUCUGACCAACUCUUUGAUCAACUAAGUAAUAGAUUUUAUGUUAGUACACUAUCAUCGGUGCAAAUAAAUACCUUCUAUGCUUUAACGUUUAUAAACUCGUUUGUAUAUUUGGUGAUAUUUCUUUGACCUGAAGAAAGGAAGAUUAAAUGCUAAUCUGGGUGCAUCUGAAACAAAAGGAGCAAGUGGUCAUUAAGAACUAUCGAUUACCUGAUCAUUAAAGAUAGAGGCUUAACAGAAUGUUGCUAAUCAAUAAAAUAUGAAUUAAACUUGCUUGGUAGAAUUGAAGCUCAUAAUUAUCCGGCACGAAAUAGACAGAGCAUAAAAUUCCCUAUUUCCGGAUAUCAUAAAACAAUUUAUUAGAGAUCACUGGAACAAUUCCUUCCAUAAAUUGUAGUUAUUCUUCCUAAAAAGUAAAAACAAAAUUUUCAAAUAAAAUAAUAUGCCACUCUUUGGCUGGAUUCAUUUAACAGAUGAAGAGAUUUAUUUCAUAUUUAAAAUGAGAAGGUGGAAGUGAAGCAGAAGUGGGCGUCUCGCCUCCUGGGCAAACUGAGGAAGGACAUCACCCAGGAGUGCCGAGAAGACUUCGUGCUCAGCAUCACGGGGAAGAAACCAGCGAUGUGCGUGCUUUCUAACCCAGACCAAAAAGGAAAAAUGAGGCGCAUCGACUGUCUUCGGCAAGCAGACAAGGUGUGGCGUUUGGACCUCGUCAUGGUGAUCCUCUUCAAGGCCAUCCCGCUGGAGAGCACCGACGGCGAGCGACUGGAGAAGUCGCCCGACUGCGCGCACCCUGGCCUCUGCGUCAACCCCUACCACAUCAAUGUAUCCGUCCGAGAACUCGACCUCUACCUGGCCAACUUCAUCAACAGCCACGAAAUUUUGAGUGGAAUGUGUGAUAACAACAACGAAAAAGAUGACGAGAGGAGCAUCAAAGGCUAUACUCACAACCCAUACAAUGGAGUUGUAUUCAACGAUACUAUUUUAGCAACAGGAGUGUUUUCUUCGAAAGAAUUAUGGAGGCUCUCGAAAGCGUCCAUCAUGCAAGGCAGCAAUGGCAUGCAGCCGCCGGUGAACGUGAUAAAGCUGGAGAACCCAGGAUACUACUGCAACAGCUACACCCCGCCCGCGCCCGACCACAGCGCCAUGAUGACGUCAGGCACUUACAGUCCGCUGUCGCUGCCUCGCAGCUCGCAGAGUCCAGCGGGCGAGCCGCGCAACAAGCGCCUGCGCCGACUCAGCUCCACGGACGAGGACAUGGAGAUCGGCUCAGCCAGCGGCGGCAGGGACAAGGGAGGUGGGGAGGUGGCCUACUACGGCCAGAGUCCGGCCUCGCUGUCCAGCCAGGCGAGCUGGCACUCGGACGUCGACCAUGGUGGGUUAGGUCCACCCUCUGUGCAUUCACCCAGCCACCUGGUGCAUGCAGUCAAGGUUGUGAAGUCUGACUCGUCCAGCUAUGAAGUGCUGAGAGCGCCCAUUACUAAUGACGAGCACGCCUUACCUAGUCACCCGAGUGCAGCAGUAAGCCCGCGCGCGCACUCGCUCGCCCGGGAAGGCCUGCCAAGCCAGCACGGCUCAGUCACGUCCAUCGCCUCGUCCAGUCUGAGCGGCGCCUCCAGCUACUACCAGCAGGCGGGCCCGGAUCACGGACAGCACAGCCCGGCCAAGUACCCCGAGAACGGACACGACACCACGCUGUCCGACUUCGUCACGUUCGUGUGCCAGGAGGCCGAGAACAGCCACCAGGGCUCGCAAUCGCAGCCAGGGCCGUCACGAAGCCCGUCCAAGCUGACGCAGUACUACCCCAGCUCCAUGCUGCCGCCACCGCCGCCGCCGCCGAUGGCCAGGCCCGUGGCGAUCAUACGGUCCACGGGGGAGCUGACUGUGACGACAGCCAACUCACCUCCUGCCCCGAGCACACCACCCAUGAGUGAUGGGUCGCCCCGGGACAGCAGAGGGCCUGGGAACACGUUGAGCCCUUCGCCACCGGGCAGCAAUGCCAGUGUGGAGGUUGUGCCCACGAGCCGAACUGUGGUCACCAGCCCGUUCUCCGUCAGCCGAGAGUAUGCAUUUACACACAUCCAUACUCAACCUGGCCAACUAUUUAGCUACCCCAGCAUCAGUCCCGUGAGCGCGAUGUCUGGGGUGAUCAGUCCUACCAACCUCAGUUUGUUCACUUCGCCAGUGACUACGCCUCGCACUACUCCUCGCUCAACACCGAUUCCUCGCUGGACUGCGCCUUUCAUCAGCUUGGACGAAGACUACAACAUGAUGCCUCUCAUUUCUAGUGGUGGUAGCAGUUCUGAAGCCAACGGUACCACUCUCAUAGACGAUGAACGUUACUUCAGUACAGUGGUGCACACAAGUGACAAUAUGAACACGAAUCAGGGAAUUGGAACUGGUUCAAAUGGUAGUCACGGUUCAAGCGAAGGAGCUCAACCUCCGCCCUCGAGAACACCAAGCUCUAGUUCUGCUACGGCUGCCCCGAACAAAACACAGUCAUCUUAAUCAAAACCGUAGCACAUUAGAAUUUGCUCAAUUUAUACAUUUGGUGGUCAGCUGUGUUUCCUAUAAAACCGAGAAUGCAAGCAUCUGUCACACAACUUUCCCCGUUUUUAUUGUAAUAUUUGAAUGGAAAAUGAAGUGUUGUUUCACGGUGUCAGAAGUGAAUGGUCAGCCCACUCUAUGGUGUAUGGUUAAUGCCAUGAGUUAUUUAAUUUUUUUUUUGUUUUUUAUUGGUAUCUGAUAAGUUAUAUAUAUAAAUUUAUAAACAUGUAUGCUGUCUGAAGUAUACUAACUUUUUGGCUGUACAUGUUUUAUAAUUUUUUAUGUUACCAAAGACAGUCCCGCUUCAUCAAAAAAGUUUUAUUAUAUAUUUUUAUUAGAAGUAUCAUAAGAAUUGAGAAAUUUUAAGUUGCAAGAUGUAGUUUUUAUAAAAUUUUUACAUCUAGAUCUUGUUAAAUUUUAAUGUUGUUGAUGCUAUUGUUGAGAAAAGCGUGUUUGAUUGUUUUUUGUCGGCUAUCAAUUAACAUGUGCUCUUGUUAGUUAUAGUGUUAGAACAUGAGAAAAUUUUACGUAAAACAGUUUCACACUUGGCAAACAGAUAAGAGUUUUACGUAAUAUUUAUUCAUUUAUAUACAAUUUUUGUGAAAAAUGUUGCUUAGAGGAGAAAGGUCUAAAAUUAUCCAAGAAAGUUCUAAAAUAAAAUGAAAACUACCAACUGAAUUUUAAAAAGAGUAUCCACUAUGGCUAUAUGUUCAGAUACAUUUUACAGAUAAAUAGUAUUAAUAUUACUAAAGAGCAUAAAAAAAUGUUAGAAAUUUUUGAAUAAUUGACUUCCAGGAUGAUAAUUUGAUAUUUUCAUAUGUAACUGAAAUUACAAGUUACAUUGAGCUGUGUGAUUAGGUUUCUUUAAAAUACAAUAUUUACACCAGCUGCAGUAUACAUUGCAGAAUGACUCAUUUUGACAGAAAUGACUAUUUAUUGAGCUAUGUACCAUGUAAAUGUCAGGAAAACAACCUCAAACAAAAGUUUUGCCCCGAGAACCUAUAAAACAUUUUUGUUUACAUCCAAAUUUAUAAUAGCCUAGAUGAUCUGCAGUGAGCGCAAAGAAUGUUCUGACUGACAAUAAUAAUUUGAUAACAGAUGCUUUGGCUUGUCAAACCCAAUUAAAUUUAUAAAGAGAACAGUUAAAAUUCGGAUUCCAUUACGAUUCCGUCCUCUGUGGUUUAACAACGGUGCAAAUAAAUGUCACUUUAAUCAAAUACAAUAGCAAUAAAAUUAGUGAGCACACUUUUUUCCUAGCCCAAAUUUUUGAGUGUAAAAUAACUUUCAUAAACCUAUCGGGAAAUAUUGAUUAUUAAUAAUAAAUUACGGAACAAAUUUAAUUUGAUCAUUUAAAAAUAAAACAACAAAAAUGCCAAAGGAAAAAAUUAACUGUGUUUGAAAUAUCUACAUCUGUGUUUGAUAUAAUAAUUUAGGUAUAACAAAUUUUGUGAUGAAUAAUCAGCAUUUGAGUAAUUGUAAUUGGUGUAUACCUCUAUAAUGUUACUUAAAAAAAAAAAACCUAAUUGAGAUUUCAAAAUAUUCCUUCAGUUAUUGACUAAGUACUUAAUUCUUAUUUUAGUACAAAUUUUUGAAAUAACUGUUUUACUACAAUCCAAAACUAGAAGCUUUUAAAUUUAAUUCUGUUAGGUUACCUAGGACAUACUAUUUUGACAGUAAAUUUUCUAAUGUAGUUAUCCAAGUUUAGUUAGUGUUAGGUAAUGGAAAUUUCAAUAUUUGCAUUAACAUAACUAAAAACGUCUCUUCUCAGGCAUAAAUGUAUCAAAUAUAUUCUUUAAUUAAAUAUUAUUUAAUUAAUAAAAAAUACAAGGAAUGUUUUUUAUCUGAGAGCACCUUAGUUUUUGUGGAGAGUUACUGAAAAGGUUUUAGGUUUUAAUUUGCAUCUCUUACAGUAAAUUUUCUAAUGUAGUUAUCCAAGUUUAGUUAGUGUUAGGUAAUGGAAAUUUCAAUAUUUGCAUUAACAUAACUAAAAACGUCUCUUCUCAGGCAUAAAUGUAUCAAAUAUAUUCUUUAAUUAAAUAUUAUUUAAUUAAUAAAAAAUACAAGGAAUGUUUUUUAUCUGAGAGCACCUUAGUUUUUGUGGAGAGUUACUGAAAAGGUUUUAGGUUUUAAUUUGCAUCUCUUUUCUGAACUGAAUAUAAUGGUAACCUAAAUAUUUACUCAGUUUUUAUAAGUUUUCAAAAAUAAUUAUCUAGAAAACAAUUAAUGAAACACAUGUUGCUUUAAAACAUGUGCGAGCCAUAGAAACGAAUAUUUAUGAAAAAUGUGUGAUUUUAUAAAACAGUGAUGCACUUUAAAUUAUCUUUUUGAAAAUUGAGUACAAUUUUUAAGAUUGCUUAUGUUAGUAUUGCUUAGGAUAGUAUUGUGUAAAAUUAACUUAUUAACUCUUUUGUCAGAGUUGUUUAAAUUUAGGGCAUAUUAUUUUAAAAAAUCAAAUACUUAUUUUUAGUUUAACACAUGUGUUUUUUCACAAUCUUUAUAAAACUACAGUUAUCUCAACAAAAAAAAAUUCAACAUUUUCAAUAAUUUCCUAAUUAAAUAUUGUCUUAGUCAAAGCAAAAUGUUAGGGUUUAGUGUGAGGAUGAGGAAAAUAAAUCAAUUAUUUGCUUCAAACGUGUUCACUUUAACAGUCUAAUACUAACAGGCCAAAUUAACUUUAAAUUGGUUGGAAAAUAAGGUUCCUUACUGAAAGUAAAAUACUCACUGUCAUGUUUUCAUAGAAUUCAGCCACACUAUUACUGAAAACGAGAAAUCCACGAUAAAAAAAAAAUGAUGGUUGUUAACCUUUUUUGGAUUUUUGUUAUAUUAUGCUAAUUAUUUUCAGUUUUUUCCUCACGUAAAAUAUCUCUUAUGGUAGCAAUAAACAUUGCUUAUUUUAAAUGUAUCAUCGCAGUGAUAGUGAAUUAAAAAAAUUAAUAAACUUGGUUUUUGCUACCGUAAAAUGAUGGCAGAAAACGAAGCAAAGUUUAAUUUUCGAUGAUUUGGUUAAAUUGUUGGCUUUAUUACAGAUUCCCCUUAAAAGUUUUCAAUGUGCCUAAAAAAAUGUUAUUAUUUUUUUCAUUAAAACUAAAAAUAAACUUACAUAGCAAUCAGGGGCGCAACAACUAAAUUUCCAAAGGGGGGGCAAUAUACCUUCAUCGAUCCCCCGUAUUGAAGCGGGGGGUCCGGGGUCCUCCCCCGGGAAAAUUUGUAUUUCAAGGUGGAAAAUGGUGCUAUUUAAGCAGUUUUAUUAUCUAAAAAUUGAUUACACAGCACUUUCUUUGCCCCCGUUUGCCCCCACUUCAAGGUUUCAGAAGGGGGGGGGGGGGGGGCAAAAUACCCUUGCCCCCCCCUGUUGUUGCACCCCUGAUAGCAAUAUUGAAAAUGUAAGUCCGCAUCAUAAAGUUUUUCAGGUUAUGCCACUGCAUAUACUCAAUUUAGUUAUAAAAGCAAAUAUAGUAUUCUCUGAAUAUUACCUAGAAUUAUUUAUUUGGCUUCUAUGUCAUGGACUGUAUUACAUUUUGUAUAAUUUAACAAGAAUGUAAUAAACAUGUAAAAUUGUAUUAAAUUUAAUAUUAUAGGUAGGUAUACAAGAUUAUUGUGAAUCAAACCAUGCUAGUCUGAUAUUUCCUGGUUGCACUCUAAAGAACUAUAUUUUGAAAGUGUUGCACUUUAACAAACAUUUUUAGCUAAUGUAAAUUUCUACGUUAUAACACGUAUGCAUCAUCACCAAAAUUUUAUCAACCCACAGUUACAUAAAGUUAUAAAAUAUUAACGCUGCUUCCACCAAAUUCAUGCAGAUAUCAAAUUGGCAUUCAAGAAAAGAUUUAUUUAAUGAAAUUGUUUUAGCCCAGUGAUUUGUGUUUAUUUUAAAAUAAUUAUUAUAUUCGAGCUUCUUUAUGGCAAGUACACCCAUACAGUAUAUAAUAUUUUUUUUGUUUAGGUUUACAUUUUAUCAUGUUUUUGAUCUCAUUUUCUAAGAAAAAUCAACUUACAAUAAAGAAUAACCAUAUAUAUGUAUUUAUAUUGUAACUUCAAAAAUAUAGCACAAAUUUAUAUAAUACGUGUAUAAACAUGACAUCAAAUAAAAUUUUAAGUCAGGCAUUUGUGCCAUAUUUUAAGGUAGUUAAAGAAAGAAGCAUUUGCACUAUAAACUCUAUUUGAAAAACAAAGUGAACACACAGUAGUAGCCCACCCUACUGAAGUGUUAGCCAAACCCUGUUUCUUGUUGAAAACUUUAUCAGUUGUGGAGACUGUCAAGUUGCUGGGUGGCUGUGUUGUUAUGGUGUCAGUGCUUGUGUGGUCUGUGUCUUUGCUGAUAGAAAGUAGUCUGAGCACAACCUCAGCGUGACACAUAUUUAUUUAUUUACUUUACUAGCUGAAUUCCCCGGCGUUGCACAGGCUUUUUGCAGAGUGAUUGUUGUUUUUUUUUUUUUUUUUUUGUGACUGAUUGUAGUUUUCCUUGUAUUUUAAAUGCCAAGUGUGAAUAAUUACAUCAAGUAGUACCAAAAUUAUAAUUCAAGUUUUGGGAAAGAGGUUUAUGGGUAGUUUUUUCUGACUCGGAUGAUGAGGGAAAAAAGUACACUAUUUGUGCACAUUUUUUUUGAAAUUAUAAGUAUUUCCAAACAAACUGUACAGUGUAGUCUACAAGCACAAAGCUGCGGACAGUAGGUUUGAAUUUAAUAAAGAAUUUCUUUGCUGCUGAAAUCACUAGGCUGAUGUCGGAGUUCGCUCUAGAACACGCCACGUUGAACUGCCCAUGUGAAAAUCAAUCCUUUCUUAGGUUGAUGCCUCCCACCUUUAACGACUGGCUGUUAAUUUAGCUACCAAUUUACUAUCAAUUUAAAAAUUAGUUAAGAUUUACAAAUGCAUAGAUGUUGCUAUUCUCAAUGAUAAAACUGAAUUUGCUGGAUGCUGUAAGUUGCUUCAGCAUGCAACAAUGGCAACGUGUGCUCUCACAUGUGUUCCCGUUUGGGUAGUCGACCUGGCGAUGUUAACCUCGUGAAGAUUCGUAAAUUCUCAGGAGGACUCGGCAGUGCUGGCGGUACUGCUCGCCUUGCAGCUUGUUUCCCGGCUGCUGUCUGCCGAGUUACUACCAUCGACAUGAAAAAAAAAAUUGAAUUUCCAAAACGGCUGAAUUUAUUGUAUUUAGGAGCAGUUAUGCAAAGUUUCAAGUAAUUUUGACCCUUUUUUUUUCCUCAAUACAAACUUUGCCACACUCUUUCAUUUAUAAGUUAUAUUUAAAAAAAAAGCUAAAAUAUGUAAUUCAAAAAUUGUACUGAAGCGCAUUAAUAUAAAGUUUCAAAAAAAUUAACCAAAUUUUUUUUACAUUUACUUAUCAACUUUGCUACCCCUUUUUACCCCUUAGGAGUUUAAUUUCGAAAAAUCCCUUUGUAAAUGAUACCUACAUAAUAAAAUCAAUAUGGCCAGAAAAAUGUCACCCUUAUAUUUUUAUCAGUUAUAUAUGUAUAGGUAAGAUUAUAAGUACUGAUGUGGUACCCAAAGAUUUAAAGCUCACUAAAAUCUUGAAGAUACUGUUAUUUCAAAUAGUUUUAUAAAUGAAUAUGCUGUAUCAAUCCUUACAUUAAUCUAUUAUUUGGUAUGAAUUCUUAGAACUACAUAUACAGGCCUAAGUAUGGUAAAAUUUUAUUGAAAGAACUUAAUUAAUUGAUUAAAGGAGGAAAAACAUUAGGGAAUAUGUUACAGUAAUAUGUUUAUUUAUUCCAGCAUGUUUGCCAGAUGCUGAAUACCACAAGAGGUGUAAAACUAUAAAUAGUCAAUGCUCGAUACAUGUGCAUUAAAAAAGUAGCUUUCUUCUGCUACUUUGUAGAUUUUUGUUGAACUUUUAACUGUAUUAAGUUCUCAUUAUUGAAAAUAAACCUAUUACUCAGCAGUGAUUUCACAUGGUUCCACCUUUCGUAGGAAAUAAGAAUAGCCACAAGAAACAAUUUCAUGAUUGCCAAAAAAUUUCUCACAAUGUAUUACCAUCCCGGAAAUUUUCCAGUCUUAUUAAAUAUUAUUCUGUUUAUAAAUACAAAAUUUUUCCAAAAUAUUUUAACUGUUGCCAAAAACAUUACGUAAAUUAAUUAUUUAUUUCAAAAUUAAUUUCUUAUAUACAAGACCAUUUGAAAUGUGUUUAAAAUAAAUAGUUACAUUAUCUACAUUGUAAUUUAUUUGUUUUUCAGAAAGUAAACAUUUUCAAGGAUGUAUGUGCAAUUUAAGUUAAUCAGUUGUUUGACAGUAAUAAUUAUGUUUUCAGUUUUGUUUUACCUUAGAUCUUUCUUGGAAAGUGUGAGUAUGUUUUGUUACAAGGCCAUGCUAUUAAAAUAAAAUGUGUUAUUGAACUCAACAAAAGCGUCUUGACAGCGUUAACAUUACUUUAAAAUAUUUCUGUGUACCUUAUUGUGAUUACUAUACAGCAUGGCUAAAUAAUUGUGUUUAAUUUAAAAUUUUUGUGCAAAUAAUUUUAUCAAUAUGUCAAAAUGACUUGGAAAUUUGUGUUUAUGUAAUUGUGCCAUUGCAAAAUCAGUGUCGGUGAUAAAUUGUCUCAUUUACUCAAAAAAUAUGAGGAACCAAUCAAUAAAUGUAAUAUUACUAUCACUGUUAUUUUGCGAAUUGAGGCAAGAGUGCUAGUCAAGAACUUCAUUGUCAUAAUAGAUAUUUUAUCUGUGAUAUUCAAACUUAGGCUCAACUGAUAGUUGUUUCUAUUUAUUAGAGAAUAUUGUCUUUCUGUUUUUGGCUUAAUAUAUUGUGGUGCUGUUAUUACUAGUAAUAUGCUUUGCACAUAGUAUGUAAUGCAGUCAUGCACCUCAGAGUUUGGGUAUGUGAAGAUAAAGAACAGGUGCUAAUGCUUGUUGAAGUAUUCUUUUGCUUUCAUGAAACUAUGGCCUUGGAAAAUAAGGUUUAAAUCAUAAAGUACCAACCAACUAUAAAAUUAUAAUAUGAAGAAGGGGAUUGUAGCUGAGUAUUGUAUUCAACCACUCAUUUGAGUGUUUUUGUCACAUUUAAAAUUCAUAAAUAGCAGUGAAAACCAUACAGUUAUAUUAUUUCAGCAAAAUAAUUUGAAAUUGUACCAAAAUACUGAAGUGCAAAUUUUAUUGGGUGUACUGGUGUAACGGAAUGAUGUGGAUAGACUUAACUAGAAAAUAUUUUCUAUACUUUGUAUUUUCAACAUUGUUACAGCUAUUGCAGGACUGCCCCAUGUUUGACGAAUGCAUCGUAAAUAAAUGAAUGCAAAUUAAGUCUUCAAGGCAGAUCAGUUGCUACUGUAGAAUAAUAAUACAAAAUUUAAGAUGCUUAUUGGAUAACAAUAUUUAUUCACUCAAUUAAAAACAAGUUUUAGGCAUCAUCAGAAUGAUUCAAAUAAACUAUGAGUGUAAAAUAUUAGCAAUUUGUGUGUAUGUAUUGUACUGUAAGUAUGAAACUAGAUCGAAUUGACACUAGGAAAGUUCUAGUUUUUCCUUAAUCAGAUCACUCAUUAAAAAAUGCACAAUGUUGUUUGUUGGUGUAGGGAAAGCGUACCAGUAACUUGUUAUUUUACCAAAGAAAUAUCAGCUGUGAAUCCAAUGAUAGCCUAUUGAUUUGUAGAGCUUUAUGUCAAGUUAUGGACUUGGCUAGCCAAAUGGUAGAAAAUAAAAUGUAGGUGGUCCUGGUUCGAUUUAGUGCCUGGUCCCUCAACCUAGUAUUUCACUGAACAUCAUUUUUAUAUAAGUAUCUUGUUAUGUAUUGUUAUAUUUGCCCAUUGUUGAUAAUAUUACAGAGUAGACAGUCUUGUCUAUUAUCUCGAAUCUGAUAACAAAAGCUCAAUACAUUAACUGUAAAUAUAAAAAUUGUAGUUCGUGGUGAGAAUGACAUUACUAGUGCAUGGUGAAUAGCAUCACAUUUUUAUAGAUCUUUUUAGUCUUUUGUUCUUUCUAUACAGUAACUUUUGUGCAGUUUGGUAGGUAACUUAUAAGAAUUGAUAUUAAUAUGCUGUUAUUUUUAUAGGAUAUAGUUUUGCCAAAUUUGGGCUGUGUUACAGGGCUAUAGCUUCAGAGUAUCGAUCAUCAGAAGGAAAACAUUUAGCAGCCCACUUUUGUAUUCCAAUAAUAGUACACGCUAAACCCCAUUUUGAGGAACUUUUAUUAGUCUUCCUGUAGUUGACAUUUACAAUAUGAACUGAUAAUUAAAUAGCAACAAAUACAGUGAAGAAUAAUAGCACAGUAAACAAGUGUGAAUUGUUUUGCCAUUUUGUUUCUUGAUUGUUAAACAAUAUGAUGUUAAAAUUAUGUGAAUAAUCUUUCAUGAAGUAGCUAUAUGUUUUGAUUUGCAAUAGAAUUUCUGUUGUUUUUGUUUGAUUCAUUUAGUGUCAAAAUUUUGACGUGGUGAAUUAAAUAUUUGCAUUGAUAAUAAGGGUUUGUGCAAUGACUACAUUAUAUUUAUUGUUUUUUACUAUGAAGCAUCUAAGUAUCUAAGAAAGAAGUGAGCAGAAUGGGAGCUACAGUUGCCUUAUUUUAACAAUUACUUUUAGAGUAGAAAGCAUUACUGAGAAAUACUGCUAGCAAAAUACUGGUUUUUUGCUGUGCUGUAGUUAUCUGACAAUUAAUGAAAAUGUUUGUAUUGAAGUGGAAGUUUAGAUUAUAUACAAGCUGUUUCUAAUGGCUGUUUUCACAAACAAGUCCAUACAGACUUAUGAUGCAGAGGAGUGAUUUUUUUUUUUUUUUUUUUUUUUGUGAUUUAAGUUAAGUGUCUGCUCUCUGAGACUAGUACGUGGUGUUAUUCUUGGUUCUUAUUUAUAUUGUAUGAGAUUAUCACAGUAAAAUCUAUUGUUGUUUUACGUAAGAGGUUUGUCUGGUGCUAGAAACUAAAUUGAUUACCUGCGAUCCUGCCAUCUCGUAUAAACAGCAAUAAAGUAUGUAAACGAUGUAGUGCCUAAGGAACUCUAAAGAAAGCUACAGUAAACCGGACCAUGUAGAACUUGAGCAGUACUGUACUCUGUUUCAGAGCCUUUAGAGAGCUGCUUUGUUUUAUUAUAGAGCAAUAUUUAGAGUGUGAUAAAUCAUAACUACAGUUAUAGCUAAUUAAAAUUUAUAGUAUAUUAUUGUAAAAAAGUUUCAAAACAUCAUUGAAGUUGUGCUAAUAGCAAUAUAUAUAUAAAUAUCCAAAUUAAGUAAAGGGCAUUGGUUACUAAUCACUAUCGUUAACUUUAAAAUGGGCUUCGUACAUUCUGGAUGUAUUAUAUUAUUUCCAUGAUUACUAUUAUCAUCCUUUAAAUAUUUCUUAUCCGCCAUUGUGUACAGAAAGUAGCAAUCAGAAUUGUUAAUAACCCAAGUCAACAUAGGCUAAUAUUUAAGUUUUACCAUAUUCAUAGAGCACUGUUUGAUUUCACUUCUAUGAUGAGAUGGUACUGUAAAUAUGACUAUAUCUAUAGUAUACUGUAUACUAGCUCUUAAAUAUAAUAACUGAAAGGUGAACACAGUAAGAGAAUGCCAUAACACGUUUUUAUUUUUAUUAGAUUUAUUCUAUGCACUAAUAACUAUGUAAAAUGCUUAAAAAUAAAUGCCUUUAAGAUACUUAGACAUACCUAAAAGAAAAUGUCAUUUCAGUUUAAUUUCAUUAUAUUCUCACUUCAGUUAUAAGCUACUGUCUUGUCAGCUUUUAGCUCUAAAAGCACUUACUGUCUUGAAUUUUUUUUCAACAUAUAAUGUUUUAUUACAUUAAAAAAAUCAGUCUGUUUUAAAAUGCACUUGUCACAGAGAGAACUUAUGUGCCCAAAAUAAUUUUUGUACCUGGUUGUUUUUCAUGGUAGUUAGGUAUGUUUUGUUAAUAAGUCUUUAAAGUCUGGAACAUGUGAAGUUAAGAUUUAUUACAACAUUAAACAAAUAAUCAAACAAAACAUCUGUUUAAUUUAUACUAAUUUUAAUGAUUCCAUAUUUUUCAGCAUGUAAAAUGAGUAUUUUAUUGAAGUUUAACAAGCUUAAAGCUACUUACAUCACUUUUCAAUUGAGAGUGCACACCUGGUGGAACUUGUGUUGCUGUUGCACAGAGUCUGGAUAUGCUGCCCAGAAAGGACAGCAGGAAGGCAUAGCUUGAGCCUGUUGUAUUAACCUUGUAUCCACUCAUUCUUCUGCCAGCACUUUCGAUGUUCUCUACCUGUCAUGUCUUACAGAUGUGGUCCCUUUUCUUUAUGAUGCACAGUUAAACAAUAGGUAGUCAUAACUCACCUUCCCUCUUUUGUUUAUACAACUGUGUUGGAAAACUCCCAGGCACAGACAUUUGUUGUGUCUGCAUCUGUGUCAAGAUUACAUGUGGAUAAACUAGAUUGUGCUAUUCUCAUGUUGAAGACUUAUGAGGUUCCAUAUCUUAAUGCUGAUGCAAAAUUUCUUUCUAAUUCUUAUUACUAAAAAAAUGGUCCUCUUCCAAUACACCAAAAACUACUGAGUUAUAAAUCCCACAUCAAUUGUGCAGCAUAUAAUAUUUAUGAGAAGUGUUACUGUGUUGGAUGGAUAAUGUACAGAAGUUCCCAACACCAGACACUGUUGUUUACUCAUAUUUGUGUCAUGUCUUGUAAAUUUCAGUUCCGUUAUCAACAUUUAUUUUUCCUACAAAAUCAUUGGGUGCAAGUCAAUCAAAUUUUCCUAGUUGAUGCCAUUUAAAUAAUUGCCUUAUAUAAAAUACAGCAUUUUUUUUUCAUUGUGCACUUUCAUUUUCAAUACAAAAAUUUCAAAUUUUUUUAACCUACUUGUGAACAUUAAAAACAACUUGCUACUGGCUGCUAGUGUAUGGCAUCACGACACUUGCUGGCUGAAACAUCGUUGCUGUCUCAAGGAGGUCCAUGGGACUAGGCGUAGGUAUCCCUCGCGGUCAAGUGAUAUUACGCUGUAAGACUUUGUUGUCUGUAAUUGUAAAUACAUGUUGAGUAGUGAGUUAUAUUGCGAGUAACAAAACUUUUACAAAAUGUAAAUUGAAAGGAAAAAAAUAAAAUCAUACAGUUUUGUAUGUUGGAAUGCAAUUUUUGGUAGAGAAACAUGAAAAUUUUGCACUAGUAAAAAUUUGUUUGUUGUUACUGCAGGUCUCAUUUAUAAUUGUUUUGUUAUUUUUCUGUGAUUUAUUCCUAAAUUUCAUUUUUAAUAUUUUUUGUGUUUGCUAAUUUUGUUUGUUAUACUAAAAAAAAUGUGAAACACUAUAAUACAUUCAUUAGAAUUUUUUUAAUUUUUAGGGAUGUGUAGUUUGUUUUCCAUGGAAAUUAGGAUUUAAAAAAAACUUAAAACGAUCAGUGUUCGAGCUGCUGUCUAGAUAGAAAUAUAAAAACUACCAGCAUAUUUUCUGCCACAAAGACACACACAACUACUGAAGCUUGCUUGUCGCCUGUCUUAAUCUAUAACUGUUUCUGCAAUAAAUUUUAUUUUGUGUUGUAGAGUAAAAAGCAGAAGGCUCUUUAUUUCAUAGCAAAUGGAACUAAUAAGGCUUCACAUUUAUGAAAAAUAUGUUUAUUUGAAUUUAAUACCACCUAAUUUGCCUUGCAUGUACCAAUUCAAUUACUAAUCUAUGUAAUAAUGGUAGUGUAUCAUAAAUAGUGCACUAGGUACUUUAAAAUGUAAUUUUUGGCUUAAAUUAAAAAUUUUUUUUUGCUCAGUUGAUAGUCACAUAAAUCUAUAUUUUCACUGCUGAUUGUAGGGUGUUGCAAGUUCUUUUCUACCAUUUAGCAAUGGUAAAUGCAGUGUUUCACAACUUUGUAGAAAUUACCAUUUAUUUUAAUAAUUUUUCACAUUAUUUACACAACUCCUCAUGGUUGCUAAAAGCUUGGAAUUCCAAAAUUCCUGACUUUUCCAGGUUUUCUAAACCUGAAUCAACAAAAUUCCUUGACCUUCCUAACACGAAUAACUCCCUAGAGCCACUUGGUGUUGAUGGCGUUUCUGAAGAAAAAGUAAGUUGUACAUGCCAUUAAAAUGUGUAAUUUUAAUCUUAAAAUGUAUGCCUACCAAAAUAAAUAUUUACAUGAUAAAACCCUCUUCUCGAAAGAAAACACUAGCAACAGACUUAACCUGCACCUAUAAUAUAAUUUUACUUGAUGAAACUCACCCUAUUGAAAUUUAUUUUAUGUAUUUCUGGAGUCUUGUUUUGUAAAAAAAAAAAAACUCAAAUUCUUUAUUUUACUUUGUGACAUGUUUUUUUUUAAAAGGGCUUUAAGAGGGCAGAGGACAUUGUGAUACUUCAAGUAGUUUACCAGUAGUUUACCAUAUUAACAAGAGAUUAGGUUAUGUUUUAUAUAUUACAACAACUGUUGUGGUCAUAGGGCCUCGUCCAUUCUACAAGUGUUAGUUCGAGACAUAUGGGCGCCACCGAAUGUUUAAAGAGCACAUGGACCCGGCCUUGACGUCGCCCGUGUGUGGUCGAGACUUAAGAUGCCCUACUUAGGGCCGGUUUUAUGACCCCCGGCCAAAGUUCCGGCUAAAAUUUAACCGCAGGCUAGCUCUUAUUUCGGUUUUAUGACUCCCUGUUAACGUCUACCUUCCAGUUAAAGUCCCGGCUAACCUAGCGGGUGGAUGAACCGGCCGCUAGCUGCUUAACCGGAGGCUAAGCGACAGAAAAUAAAAUGGCGAUGUAUCAGGCGAGGUUAGUUGUUGAUAGUGAUGAUGAUUAUUCAAGGAAUUCUAUUGAAUAUUUGCAGGAUGCGAUGGAAUAAUUUAUUACUAUAUAUAAAAUGCUUCGCCGUAUUCGUCAAAGUUUUAUUAAAAAUUACAUGACAUGAAAGUGUAGUCACGCUUUUCUAUUCACAUCGAGUCGUGUAUUAUUAUUUGACUUUAAUUGAUCACGAAGUCCUUGCAUAAACGUAUGCAAUGUAUAUAAACUUAAAUGUUCCUGCUUAAGAAUGUGUGUAAAUAAGUGAAUUUUAAAAUUGCAAAACGAGGGUUAUUAUUACCUAUAAAAUGCGUGUUUUCGUGGAAGUUGUAUCUGUGAAUUUUUAUUCGUAAUACAGUGGACAUAUGCCGGGAAUGAAAUGCACUUCAUACGACUUCAGACGUGGUUAUAAUUCAAUGAAUACAAUUGAAUGUGAAAAUAAAUGUUACCCAAUUAUCCCUUCCCUAUCUUACAAACCUUUAGGUACUUAUUAUCUACCUGCCUCCCAAGUGCAAAACGAAAACAGCACUGGAAUUAUUCUGUUUCCCGUAUCCAAGUUCAUCCCUUGAUCCUAUCGGCAUGACCCUUUAUAUGUUGGUCUUGUUUUACAUUAGACUUGCUGUUAUAAUUUAGAAUGUUGAAAAAUCCUGUACAUAACUCAAAAUACCUAACAUAUCACGAUACAAACAAAUUAUGUCAGGUCUUGUAAAAAUGUAUUUCUUUCGUAUACAUUUUACAAUCAUAAUUAUUUCACCAGUGAAUAUGUCUAGGAUCUCUCGACCUACUAAAUUAAAACAGUAAGCAUCCUAUACCACAAACUAAUUCCAUCAGGAUCCGAUUAAUUUGGAUACGUGAAACGAAACUAUUAGUACAAAAAUGAAACCUACACCAGUGAAAUGAAAAUCGACAAGUAUUUUCCCGUAACAGGGUCUAUAUUAUUUGAUUAUGAAAUAAAUUUAUGAAAGAAAUAAGUGUUCUCUAGCAAAAAUGUCAUCCCUAUUUAUUUGUUUGUAUAGAAUUACUUCAUUAGUUUUGGCUUAAUAUAUAACCUAACAAAAUCAUGAGUUUCAAUACAAGAGUAAAGUUGAAAACACACGGUUUUGUAUCGUAAAUUGUAAUUUUAUGGUUUAAUACAAAGCAGGUUUGACGUCGAAGUAGUUUUUGGUUAAUUUAAUUAUAUCUGUUGCAAGAUAAAGUUGGCGGCAUAUUUCUUUACUGCAGCUGUAAACAUUCCGAAUCACAAUACAAACAAACAGCUGACUAACAUUCUACCAGAAAAAAAAACUGUCUUGCAACAAAAGUUACCAAAUUCUGGUUUAUUUCAUUACCAACACACCCAUUAUUACACCACAGGCUUCGUCAGGUUCCGGUUAGCCAACCACAGGCUAAGUAUGGGUCGUAAUACACCCCUCGUUUGUUAACCGGAGGCUAGCCUAAUCUGAGGGCUAGCUAACCUGAAGAUUUAGCCGGAGGUCAUAAUACCGACCCUUACUCCUCCCCAAACAUUGCAGACCUGGCCCGCUCUGAGCGUUGGGCACGCUGUUUAGAUGGUGUCAGGACACCGCAAGGGCUGUUAAGGCAUCCCACACACCUGUUACUGUAGAUGAUUGACACGUGGUCAAGAAGUGAAACAGUUUAUCAGAAACGUAUUUAUUGAAAUUCACAAGUUACAAUCCGCCUCUCCACACGUUUAUAUUAUAACAGAUAUAAGCACUAUGGCACGUAAUGGUUUAUAAGAAGUGCAAUCCACUCGUGGUUGAACGCACGUUACUCGUUGGCUAAAGUCAAAAGUCCCGUGACACGCACGAAAAUACUUGAGCACUGUCUGCCUGGGCACACAUACAAUGCGCAGAGCUUCAGGAAAAAAAAAAAAAAACAAUUUGAAAACUACUCAAACUAUCCAAGUGUAUCCACUUGCAGUUGU